AAAACAAGCCUGAGGACCCGCCUUUUCCCUCAGGCUCAGGAGCGUCUUGCUCGCGCCCCGGGCCCGCGGCGCCCGCGCGGCUGCGAGCCUCGGGUGGCCGCGCGCCGGCUCCAGGAAGCCGGGGAGGGCGCGGCGGCCGGGAUGGCGCGACGCGGGCCGCGCGGCUAGACGGGCGUCCGUGCAGUCGCGGGCGGCGCCUUCCCGCCCGGAGCCGACGCCGCGGGGAAGCCGCCUUCGCUGACGCCGGGCACCCGUUCGCUCGCUCGCUCGCUCGCUCGCUUGCUCGCGAGAUGCCCAACCCAAAAACAGCAAAGGCGGCCGUAAAAACAAGCGCGCCAACAGCAGCGGAGACGAGCAGGAAAAUGGAGCCGGGGCCCUGGCCGUGGCGGGCGCGGCGGGCGCGGCGGCUGGGGGGGCCCUGGCGGCGGCGGCCGGCUGCGGGGCGGCGGUGCCGGGCGCGGCGGGCGCCGGGGGCGCGGCGGGCAUCGGAGGCGCGGGGACUGGAGCCGCGAACGGCGCGGCCGCCGCGGGGGCCUUGGCCGCGGGAGACGCCAAGAACGAAGCUCCCUGUGCCACGCCACUGAUCUGCAGCUUUGGGAGGCCAGUGGAUCUGGAGAAGGAUGACUACCAGAAGGUGGUGUGCAACAAUGAGCACUGCCCCUGCAGUACCUGGAUGCACCUGCAGUGCUUCUACGAGUGGGAGAGCAGCAUCCUGGCACAGUUCAACUGCAUUGGCCGGGCCCGUAGCUGGAACGAGAAGCAGUGCCGCCAGAAUAUGUGGACCAAGAAGGGCUAUGACUUGGCCUUCCGCUUCUGCUCCUGCCGCUGUGGGCAGGGCCACUUAAAGAAGGAUACAGACUGGUACCAAGUGAAGCGGAUGCAGGAUGAGAAAAAGAAGAAGUCUGGAUUGGAGAAGAACACAGGGAGACCACCGGGGGAGGCUGGGGAGGAGGCAAAAAAAUGCAGGCCCCUGAACAAGCCCCAGAAAGGCCUGAACCAUGACCUCCCCCGACGGCAUUCCAUGGACCGGCAGAACUCCCAAGAGAAAGCAGUCAGUGCUGCAGCCUAUGGUGCCCGCUCCCCUUGUGGCUCCCCUGGCCAGUCGCCCCCCAGUGGCUACUCUAUCCUCUCCCCUGCCCACUUCAGUGGUCCCCGCUCCUCUAGAUACCUCGGGGAAUUCUUAAAGAAUGCCAUCCAUCUUGAGCCUCACAAAAAGGCCAUGGCCGGGGGCCACGUGUUCAGAAAUGCACACUUUGAUUACAAUCCGGCUGGAUUAUCGGUUCACAGGGGAGGUCACUUUGACACCCCUGUACAGUUCCUGCGGCGGCUGGACCUUUCCGAGCUCCUUACUCAUAUCCCCAGGCACAAGCUGAACACCUUCCAUGUGCGGAUGGAAGACGAUGCCCAAGUGGGCCAGGGCGAGGAUCUGCGGAAGUUCAUUCUUGCAGCUCUUAGUGCCAGCCACAGAAAUGUUGUAAAUUGUGCUCUGUGCCACCGGGCACUCCCUGUCUUUGAACAGUUCCCACUGGUGGAUGGAACUCUGUUCUUAAGUCCCUCGAGACAUGAUGAAAUCGAAUAUGAUGUUCCCUGUCACCUUCAAGGGAGACUCAUGCAUCUGUAUGCAGUGUGCGUGGACUGCUUGGAAGGGGUUCACAAGAUCAUCUGCAUCAAAUGUAAGUCGCGGUGGGACGGCAGCUGGCACCAGCUUGGCACCAUGUAUACCUAUGACAUCCUGGCCGCCUCUCCCUGCUGUCAGGCCCGCCUGAACUGCAAGCACUGUGGCAAGCCUGUGAUUGACGUGCGGAUCGGGAUGCAGUACUUCUCUGAGUACAGCAACGUCCAGCAGUGUCCACACUGUGGGAACCUGGACUACCAUUUUGUGAAGCCAUUCUCCUCCUUCAAAGUUCUCGAAGCUUAUUGAUGAAAGCUUUGCUUUAAUGUGUUUAAGCAGUAUUACAAGUGAGUUUUGUUCUACUCCCCGUGAGCUACUUGAUGUCUGUUUGAAACAGUACAGCAUUGAAGAACCAGAAGAAUCAACUAAUACUCUUCAUCUUUCCAUUUGGAUGAUUAUCACUUGAUUUGUUGCAUCGGAUUUGAUGUUUAAUGAUCUGGAAAUGCUUCACAGUGGUGGGGUAGGGAGGACACUCAAAAUGCCUGUGAGAAGCAGAAAGUCAUUAUUGGUCAGACAACGUUUGACACACCUAUAAGAGGUCUAUUGGACAUAGUCUCUGCAAAUUUGUCGUUGAUGCACAAAAGUAUAAUUGUGAAUUAACUGUUUCUCUAUUGAUUCUCCUAAACCCUUGGGUAUAAGGUUGGUAAGUUUCUCUGGUCUUUAGAGAACCAUUUGGAUUUUAUUUCUGAUUUUAAAAUAAAUAGUAACAUAUUUGUAAUGCUUUUCUUUAACCCACCUACACUUUUUUUAGUGACACCUGUUCUAGUGUUCUGAAACUUAAAAGUUGACCUAGCCAUUGCACUCAGUGAGUUUUUGAGUUAGAAGAACCUCUGUGGGUAUAGUGUGUGCUACAGUCCAUUUUUUCUCCUUAGAGUGUUUUCUACCCCUGAAAAGUAAGGUUUUGGUUUAACUGGAUAAAAUUUGCUUCUGGACGUUAUGAUGAUAAAGUAGGCUUCUAUAGAUACAUAUCUAUAGUUGUAUAAAAAGAGAAGUCCAAGUACCAUACUCUGUAUCUUUUGUCUUUAAGGCAUUACAUUUUUGUCAGACAGGAAAAAUUUGGCUGAUUUGAGAAUAAAAUACAGUUCAGUAUGCAACACUAUAAAGAUAAAUCUUGUUUUGGAAAUCUGCUGACCUUAAUGUUUUCUCCAAGCAUGCCCUGAGCGCCUUGAUUGGAACAGGAAUAUGUCAAGAGAGAUUAUUUUUAUUGUAGUUAGGGUAGUGAAGAGCAUCAGUCACCCAGUAGAUGUGAUUUCUGUUUUUCUGAUGAAUAGUGAUCAAUAACAUGCAGCUGUCUUAAGAGUGACUAAUUAUUUCAAAAUGAUUUUUUCGUCUACUCUUAACAUUUUUUAGUCAGUUAUUUUUAAGUGUUCCAUGCUUUCAGCAAACAAAGUUACCUGCUUAGUUUUGAGGGAAGACAAUUUCUGAUUGCUCAUUUUCUCUUCAGGGCAUCUCACCUCUUUACUUCCUUCUGGUUAUAUCAUGAGCAGCUGAAAUACUGGGUUUUUACCUUAAAAGACACACUGUGCCAUGCAAUGGCAAGUGGGUGAAUUGUCCCAUUCUAAUUCUAAAGUAGUUUCCCCAAACACCCUUUAGGUUUCCUGUUUUUGUAAAAGAAGUUCAUCUUCUGAAUAAAAGGAAUUUCGAUAACUGAUUGGGGAAAAUUAACUUGGCAAGUAAGAAUAUUACUAAGUGUUUAAAUGUUAAAGUUAACAGACUGAUACGCACAACUUCUUAGACUACCAAAGCUAACUUGCUGAAAUCUUUCCUUUAGUUCUUCAGGACCAAUGCUUACUGUGCAUUCUGCUCUGCUGUACCCAGGUUGCUAACCCAGUUUGCUUUUCUGUUUAGUUUUCUGGUAGCAGUUGUUGAGUAAUUUUAGUUGGAGGUUGGGGAAGAGGUGAGGAGCAAGUACUCUUGUUUUGUGUUUUGGUUCCUAUAGUAGAAUGCUGCCUAACCCAGUUCAUUUCCAUGUCCUGUUGACUUACUAUUCCAGGGAAUUGAAAAAAAUUUAACAGAUGGGCACUGUUAAAAGCAGCUCAAAAAUAUAUUGCUGUUUGUAAAGAUUUCUUGUCAAGAUGUCUUGAAUGCACUUUUGUUGAGGGAAGACAGUGUAAAUAGUUGAAGAAUGUUGAUAAAAUUGAAACAUUUGGGUAUGGAAUUUUGUGUGAUGUUAGAGGGUUUCUGUUUGUGAAAUGUGUAUGUAUUAAAAAAUAAUAAAAUUUCAGAAACUAACAUUGUACUCUUGCUUUUAUAUGUCACUAUUUUUUGUUGGAAUUUUGGGAAAUGGGGUUAUCUGAUAAGAUAGUAGAGAAGUAGAGAUACUCUGAGGUCAUAAACACUACUCCCAAAAUCAUUUCAAAGUCAUUAUUAUAGCCAAUCAAAACUAUAAACUGCUGCUUACAAGUUAUAAACUUGUCACAAAAUAAGUAUUCUAAGUAACAUAUUAAUCUCUUAGUCCAUAGACAGUCCAAAAUUAAUGUUCUGAGUGUAGAGAACACUACCGAAUGGAGAGUGUUAAAGAAGAAUAAAAAUGGAAACCACAGUAUUGAUAUUCCCCACAGUCACAUGGCCAAACCUGAAGUCAUCCUGAUGCAUCCCCCAAACGCUGUAAUCAUAAAUGGAAGUACAUACCAAUGUGUUAUGUCCUUGGCAUGAUUCUGUGAAGUUAAACCAAUCAACUGUAGAAAAUAAAUUUUAAAUUGCUCUACUUGCUUCAAAAGGAUGUUAAUGUAUAACGAAACAGAACAAGCACUUAAUGCUUUAUAAAGAGUUUGUAACUUGAGCAGCCUUCUUAUACCUUCCCUUUGAGGUCUUCUGGUUUGUCAGCUGUUCUUUUAUAUAUACAAUAAACUACAGUUUUAAAAUUCAAUCUGGUUUUAAUUUUGAUAGUAGGUAGUCCUUGUCUACAAGUAUUUUUUUUUUUGAUCCCUGGGCUUGUAACAACAUUCAUAAUGAAAAGACUCGAUUGUACACUGCUUCAGUUAUAAGCAAAGUGAAACCCAAGUCAUAAUUAAACUUCUUGUGUCUUUAUGAAAUGUUAUCAAGGGUAUUAUUCAUUCUUCACAUGUCUUUAGCCCCUUAAUUUCAUUAUCAGUCAAUGGAUUAUAUCCACAAAAAUACUAGAACAUAGGACAGGAUACGGCAGCAGAAAUAGUCUCCAGUGUGCCAGCAGGUUCCUAGACUGUGUUGUUACUUAUUUACUACAGAUGCCUCAGGUAUAAGUAUUAUGUUCAAAGGCUUAAAAUCUAGGCAUAUUGUGAUAUCCCAAAAGAAUUGUUACACAGUGAUAAGUUUUAUUGGAGAAAAUUCUUACAUGUUCUUAGUGGUUUUCACUCUGUCUUGGUUAUAUUGUUUUGACUUAAAUUUGACAAAUUCAGUAGUAAUUAGAUUGCUAAUUUUAUGAGCAGUUUAGUAAAGAGUUAAAUAUUGGAAGAAAAGAAAAAUCUUGUCUUGAGCUUUCAUUCUUUUUCUAUUCUCUCAGCUCUCCACACUGGAGGCCUAAUGAUCGUAAAAUAUCUUUGAACACAGUAAAGUACUACACAAGUGUAUUAUUCGACAUAAUGUAUUUUUAAGGUUUCUAGUAGAAAAUUUUAACAUUGUGGUAUUUUUUUCUU